CUUUUUAAAGUCGUGCAACAAGUCGACGAGUCAUCUCCAGCUCUCCGUCCUCUCUCCCUCCUCUCUCCCUCCCCUCUGCCUCCUCUCUGCCUCUGCUGAGGGCUGUACAGCUGGCAAUUUACAGACAGAAGGGAUGAAAGUCAAUUGGCGAGGAGGUCCAAGCCCCGCAAACCGAACGCUUCUAUAAAGUGCAUAAAUCAAGACGAAACCAUUUUUUUUUCUCACCUCAAUUUUUAAUUUUGUCAACAUUAGGUAUAGAAGAGUCUAUCCCUGGAACCAUCUAAAAGCGUUAUAAACUUUCGAGGCUGGACACGUUGUAACCGGUCGGAAAGAUGAAGACCUCAAGAUGGUGGCAGCAAUGUUCAGUCAUCAGCUUCCUGUUAGCUGUGUGGCUUCCUGCCUGGAUCAUGGCCCAGACAACGCGCCCUACCCAGGGCACCACCUCCCCCAAACCCCAGAACGACCGGCUGCAGUUUCGUCUGGUGGGGUACCCCCGGAAGCACAACGAGGGGCGCAUCGAGGUCUUCUACAAGGGAGAGUGGGGGACCAUCUGUGACGACGACUUCUCUCUGUCCAACGCCAACGUCCUCUGUCGCCAGCUGGGCUUCGUCUCCGCUACGGGGUGGACACAUAGUGCCAAGUACGGCAAGGGACUAGGGAAGAUCUGGCUGGAUAAUGUUCAGUGUAACGGAGGGGAGAAGAGCAUUGAGCUGUGUAAAUCUCGAGGUUGGGGCAACAGUGACUGCACACACGAUGAGGACGCUGGAGUCGUCUGCAAGGACGAGAGGCUUCCUGGUUUUGUCGACUCCAACAUCAUCGACGCACAGGUGGACGAGAACAAGGUGGAGAAGGUGCGUCUGCGUCCGCUGGUGACCACCAAGAAGAUGCCCGUCACCGAGGGUGUGGUAGAGAUUAAGUACAAGAACGGCUGGGUCCAGAUCUGUGAUGUGGGGUGGACCACCAAAAACACCCGGGUCAUCUGUGGUAUGCUGGGGUUCCCUCACGAGAAAAAAGUCAACAAGAACUUCUACAAACUGAACACAGAGCGUCAGCAGCACCAGUACCGCUUACACUCUGUGGCAUGUGUUGGCACUGAGGUCCACCUGGCAGCCUGCCCCCUGGAGUUCAACAAGGGUAAUACCACAGGUUCCUGUAAGGGCGGCAUGCCAGCCGUGGUCAGCUGUGUACCUGGACCACAGUACGAACACAACAACGGACUGAAGAAGAAACUGAAAACCACGAGCACGGUGAGGCUGAAGGGAGGUGCCAAGCUGGGUGAGGGCAGAGUGGAGGUACUAAAGAACAAUGAGUGGGGCACGGUGUGUGACGACCGAUGGACCCUGCUGUCAGCCAGCGUGGUGUGCAGGGAGCUGGGCUUCGGAUCCGCCAAGGAGGCCCUGACUGGAGCUCGCAUGGGACAAGGGAUGGGUCCUAUCCACAUGAAUGAGGUCCAGUGUCUGGGGACGGAGAAGUCGAUGUGGAAGUGUGGCUUUAAGAACAUUACCUCAGAGGACUGCCAGCAUGUAGAAGACGCCGCUGUGAGGUGCAACACUCCAUACAUGGACCUCGAGAACUCGAUCCGCCUGACAGGGGGGCGUACGCGGUAUGAGGGGCGGGUGGAGGUGUUGAGCACGAAGGCUAGCGGGACCAAGAGCUGGGGGCUGAUCUGUGGAGGGGCCUGGGGCACCAAGGAGGCCAUGGUAGUCUGCAGACAGCUGGGGCUAGGCUACGCUAACCACGGCCUGCAAGUUCGUAUCGUGGGAGGCAGGACGUACUAUGAGGGCCGUGUGGAGGUUCAGGUGGGGGCGCGGUGGGGCACGGUGUGCUCUGCUGGCUGGACCACUAAAGAGGCCAUGGUAGUCUGCAGACAGCUAGGCCUGGGGUACUCCAUGCAUGCCAUCACUGAAACAUGGUACUGGGACAGUAGUAACGUGACAGAGAUGGUAAUGAGUGGAGUGAAGUGUACAGGAAACGAGAUGUCUCUGAGCCACUGCCAGCAUCACAGGACUGUCAGCUGUCAGAAGACUGAUGCCAAGUUCUCUGCUGGGGUGAUCUGCUCAGAGACGGCGUCUGACCUGGUCCUGAAUGCUCCCCUGGUCCAGCAGUCCGUGUACAUUGAGGACCGUCCGCUCCACAUGUUGUACUGCGCGGCAGAGGAGAACUGUCUGUCUAAGUCUGCUGCUAGCGCUAACUGGCCCUACGGACACCGACGCCUGCUGCGGUUCUCCUCUCAGAUCCACAACAUCGGACGGGCCGACUUCAGGCCCAAGGCUGGACGCCACUCCUGGGUCUGGCACGCCUGUCACGGCCACUACCACAGCAUGGAUAUCUUCACCCACUAUGACCUGCUGUCAUCCAACGGGACCAAGGUGGCUGAGGGACACAAGGCCUCCUUCUGUCUGGAGGACACAGAGUGUCACGAAGGUAUCUCUAAGAGGUAUGAGUGUGCUAACUUCGGAGAACAGGGCAUCACCGUGGGGUGUUGGGACCUAUAUCGCCAUGACAUCGACUGCCAGUGGAUCGACAUCACCGACAUCAAACCAGGAAACUACAUCCUACAGAUUGUGAUCAAUCCAAACUUUGAAGUGGCAGAGAGUGACUUCACCAAUAACGCCAUGAAAUGCAACUGCAAAUACGACGGCCACCGGAUCUGGCUUCACAAUUGUCAUAUGGGUGAUGCCUUCAGUGAGGAGGCAGAGAGGAGGUUUGAGAAAUACCCAGGGCAGUUCAACAAUCAGAUCUCAUAAACCUCCAAGCAACACACCAAUCUGUUCCAGACCCAUGUACAAACCAAAGAGGAGGGCUGAUGUCUUUCACCAUGUUCAACAAUGGGACAACCAAUCACCCUUCAUCACCUAGCUACCUAUCAGAACCAACCAUUCAUCAUCACAUCACAAAGCAACGAACCAAUCACAAGCCUAAAUUCAACAAGGCAGCAGUCUGAUCUGAAGGAUCCAUGCCAAAGUCAUGUUGUAUUGUGAAUGUGUUGGUCUGAGUUAGUAUUAUUAUUAUAUUAUACUGGAAUACUCAGUGCUUUGUUUUCAAAACAAACUUACUUUAGAUUUUUUUUGUUCAAAUGUGAGUAUAUUAUGUUACAUUGCGUGACAGAAGAACAAUUCAUAAGCUUUCAUACAACUACUCUUAAUGUAUGAUUUAUUGAUAUGCAACCUUUUUCAUGAAUGUUUUGUUUAAGUUACGAAUGAAGUGUUAUUUUUUAUAGCCAGUCUCCAGGAGUAGACCUCAUUCUUCUAACAGCAUGAGGCAUCAGUCAGAGAACCAUUCUACUGACUCUCCUCGUAGACUUAGAUAGACAGCUCUAGUGCCCUAAAGCCUACAUUAGCACAGCAGCACCAAUGAGGACUUUCACCAUACUGAAGUAGUCAACUGGGUGGGACUUCCUAUUGAUUUAGGAAGGAUCACAUGAUUCCGUCCGGGUCAUCAGGAGGGAUCAGCCAAUGAAUUAUACUCCUGAGUAAACAUUCCAUAAAUGCAGGUGACAGUAAAUCAACAACCUUGUAUUUAUACCUGUUCAGACAUCACCCUCCAGGGGGCAGUAAAUCACCAACCUUGGCUUUAUACCUGUUCAGACAACCCCCUCCGGGGGGCAGUAAAUCACCAACCUUGUCUUUAUACCUGUUCAGACAUCACCCUCCAGGGGGCAGUAAAUCACUGACCUUGUCUUUAUACCUGUUCACACAACACCCUCCAGGGGGCAGGAUUCCAUGUUUGUUAACCGACUCAUAGAAGUAAUAGAGAAUGUCCUCAAUGGUGCCGCCCAUGCUGUCACAAAAGCUAUUAUGGCUCAGAUGUAAAGACACCUCCUUAAUCAACCUCCAUGAUCUCCAUGCAGUUCUACUAUAGAGCAUAGUGAGGAUCUGAUUCUUGAGUGUUAAACCAUCCACCCCUAGUUAAACCAUCCACCCCUAGUCAAGUGUUAAACCAUCCACCACUAGUUAAACCAUCCACCCCUAGUCGAGUGUUAAACCAUCCACCCCUAGUCGAGUGUUAAACCAUCCACCCCUAGUCAAGUGUUAAACCAUCCACCCCUAGUUAAACCAUCCACCCCUAGUCAAGUGUUAAACCAUCCACCCCUAGUUAAACCAUCCACCCCUAGUCGAGUGUUAAACCAUCCACCCCUAGUUAAACCAUCCACCCCUAGUCGAGUGUUAAACCAUCCACCCCUAGUUAAACCAUCCACCCCUAGUCAAGUGUUAAACCAUCCACCCCUAGUUAAACCAUCCACCCCUAGUCAAGUGUUAAACCAUCCACCACUAGUUAAACCAUCCACCCCUAGUCGAGUGUUAAACCAUCCACCCCUAGUCGAGUGUUAAACCAUCCACCCCUAGUCAAGUGUUAAUCCAUCCACCCCUAGUCGAGUGUUAAUCCAUCCACCCCUAGUCGAGAUUUAAACUAUCCAUCCCUAGUCUAGUGUUAAACCAUCCACCCCUAGUUAAACCAGUCGAGUGUUAAACCAUCCACCCCUAGUCGAGUGUUAAACCAUCCACCCCUAGUCGAGUGUUAAACCCUCCCCCCCAUUCGAGUGUUAAACCAUCCCCCCCUAGUCGAGUGUUAAACCAUCCCCCCCUAGUCGAAGUGUUAAACCAUCCACCCCUAGUCGAGUGUUAAACCCUCCCCCUAGUCGAGUGUUAAACCAUCCCCCCUAGUCGAGUGUUAAACCAUCCCCCCCUAGUCGAGUGUUAAACCAUCCACCCCUAGUCGAGUGUUAAACCAUCCACCCCUAGUCGAGUGUUAAACCAUCCACCCCUAGUUAAACCAUCCACCCCUAGUCGAGUGUUAAACCAUCCACCCCUAGUCGAGUGUUAAACCAUCCACCCCUAGUCGAGUGUUAAACCAUCCACCCCUAGUUAAACCAUCCACCCCUAGUCGAGUGUUAAACCAUCCCCCCUAGUCGAGUGUUAAACCAUCCACCCCUAGUUAAACCAUCCACCCCUAGUCGAGUGUUAAACCAUCCCCCCCUAGUCGAGUGUUAAACCAUCCACCCCUAGUCGAGUGUUAAACCAUCCACCCCUAGUUAAACCAUCCCCCCUAGUCGAGUGUUAAACCAUCCACCCCUAGUCGAGUGUUAAACCAUCCCCCCCUAGUCGAUGUUAAACCAUCCACCCCUAGUUAAACCAUCCACCCCUAGUCGAGUGUUAAACCAUCCACCCCUAGUCGAGUGUUAAACCCUCCCCCUAGUCGAGUGUUAAACCAUCCACCCCUAGUUAAACCAUCCACCCCUAGUCGAGUGUUAAACCAUCCACCCCUAGUUAAACCAUCCACCCCUAGUUAAACCAUCCACCCCUAGUCGAGUGUUAAACCAUCCACCCCUAGUUAAACCAUCCACCCCUAGUUAAACCCUCCCCCCCUAGUCGAGUGUUAAACCAUCCCCCCUAGUCGAAAGUGUUAAACCAUCCACCCCUAGUCGAGUGUUAAACCAUCCACCCCUAGUUAAACCAUCCACCCCUAGUCGAGUGUUAAACCAUCCACCACUAGUCGAGUGUUAAACCAUCCCCCCCUAGUCGAGUGUUAAACCAUCCCCCCCUAGUCGAGUGUUAAACCAUCCACCCCUAGUCGAGUGUUAAACCAUCCACCCCUAGUCGAGUGUUAAACCCUCCCCCCCUAGUCGAGUGUUAAACCAUCCACCCCUAGUUAAACCAUCCACCCCUAGUCGAGUGUUAAACCAUCCACCCCUAGUUAAACCAUCCACCCCUAGUCGAGUGUUAAACCAUCCCCCCUAGUCGAGUGUUAAACCAUCCACCCCUAGUCGAGUGUUAAACCCUCCCCCCUAGUCGAGUGUUAAACCAUCCACCCCUAGUUAAACCAUCCCCCCCUAGUCGAGUGUUAAACCAUCCACCCCUAGUCGAGUGUUAAUCCAUCCACCCCUAGUCGAGUGUUAAUCCAUCCACCCCUAGUCGAGAUUUAAACUAUCCAUCCCUAGUCGAGUGUUAAACCAUCUAUCCCUAGUCUAGUGUUAAACCAUCCACCCCUAGUUAAACCAGUCGAGUGUUAAACCAUCCACCCCUAGUCGAGUGUUAAACCAUCCACCCCUAGUUAAACCCUCCCCCUAGUCGAGUGUUAAACCCUCCCCCCUAGUCGAGUGUUAAACCAUCCCCCCCUAGUCGAGUGUUAAACCAUCCACCCCUAGUUAAACCCUCCCCCCUAGUCGAGUGUUAAACCAUCCACCCCUAGUCGAGUGUUAAACCCUCCCCCCUAGUCGAGUGUUAAACCCUCCCCCCAGUCGAGUGUUAAACCAUCCCCCCCAGUCGAGUGUUAAACCAUCCACCCCUAGUCGAGUGUUAAACCAUCCACCCCUAGUCGAGUGUUAAACCCUCCCCCCCUAGUCGAGUGUUAAACCAUCCACCCCUAGUUAAACCAUCCACCCCUAGUCGAGUGUUAAACCAUCCACCCCUAGUUAAACCAUCCACCCCUAGUCGAGUGUUAAACCAUCCACCCCUAGUCGAGUGUUAAACCAUCCACCCCUAGUUAAACCAUCCACCCCUAGUCGAGUGUUAAACCAUCCACCCCAGUCAGUUUGUCAUUGUGCCUGAUUGUACCAUCAGGUGUUUUAACACGGUGCUCACCUAGUGGUCUCGUGUGAUUUCAGCUUGUUUUGGAUCUCCGGUGAGGAUAUAGUUUGGAUUUGCUUUUACGCAAAGGUGACGAUUCCGACUUAGGAAUGAACACCUUCCUACACACGCCCUUUCCUACGCACUUCUCAGUAUUUGGUAUUCAGACUUCGCUUAUUCAGUCUCGUAAUGCGCUCUGAAUAAAUGUCUUUCAACCGCUGAAAACCCUCCCACUUGCUGGCCAACAGAUUCUCUCAUGGAGUGUUAAUUCAAUAGGGUCUUCAGUACAUUUUAUCUGAAGCCAUCCCUUUAAAUAUCUGAAGCCAUCCCUUUAAAUACGGUGUACCUUUUAAUUUUGUUGACAGACUAGAUUACAUGGAGAGAACAGGUUCUGGGAUCAAUAUAAAAAAAAAUAUAUAUAUAUAUAUAUUGAUGGUUUUCUCUCGUGUAAAAGGUGGUGGGAUUACGAGGGAAAAUUAUGUCAAGGUUAGAAUACAUCUCAUGUCUUAAAUCUCCAACCCAAACGAAUAGCGUGCUAUUCUCAUGCUGUAGUUCAAGGUCAGAAUACACAGACAGGAUGCUAUGCUCAUGCUAUAGUUCAAGGUCAGAAUACACAGACAGGAUGCUAUGCUCAUGCUGUAGUUCAAGGUCAGAAUACACAGACAGGAUGCUAUGCUUAUGCUGUAGUUCAAGGUCAGAAUACACAGACAGGAUGCUAUGCUCAUGCUGUAGUUCAAGGUCAGAAUACACAGACAGCGUGCAUAAAACGGGAAUAACGUUCCAUUUACGAGCUCUUCCCUCGGGUCGGAAUCGGCCUGAUACAGCACAGACCAGAAAGUGAAUAAUAUUUGUGAAUGUAUUUAUUGUCCAGUGUUUCCAGGUGCUCUAAAGGAUUAUUAUGCCAGACUGAGAUAAGGGAUAUUCAUUAGGCUAUUAUACAUUAAACAACAGACUGACUGAC